AUGUCUAUAAUGAACACCACUCCAUUACUCCUCACAAUUUUUCUCCUCCUCCACUCCGCGGCCUCACAAUCCUCGCCCUCGCCCUCGCCAUCAUCUGAGCUUGUCGAGUCACCGCAAGGUCCUUCGCCUUUUCCUUCACCAGCAGAAUCCUAUUCUCCGCCAGCGCCUCCCCUGCCCUCACACUCACCAUCCCUGACUCCUGACGAAUCACCGUCCCCUCCAAUGCCGGCUCCUGCUGCUGAUGUGCAGCUCGUUCCAACUCCGCCUCCUGAGGCGGAGAAUGAGGCUGAUGCUGAGAGCAUCGGUUACGUGACUAAAGAGACGAAGAAGAGUUCUGGAGGAAACGGAGUGGGGACAGCGUUCGGAUUGAUCGGAGCUGCCUGUGUAGUGGUGUUCGCAGGAGCUGUGUACAAGAAACGGAGAGAUAAUAUACGCAGAGCUAGGAGAUACAGCGCUGCUAAUAUUCAACUUAUUUAG